AAAAGUUUGGCCCAUUUAUAUUCCUACUUUCUUCAAUUCAUCCGGAGAUUCGUCGCCGGAGACAGAAGCUUCCGAGAGGAGGAGGAGGAGGCGGAGAAGAAGAGUUAAGUAGAGAUGGGAGAUGGAAGAGAAGGAGAUUGGGAGUGUUUAGGUUGCAGUAACAGGAACUACGCGUUUCGAUCAUUCUGCAACAGAUGCAAGCAGCCUCGUCUUUUCAUGGACAACAAUACCUCUCACAACUCCAAGUGGCUUCCUCGUGUCGGUGAUUGGAUCUGCACUGGUUGCACUAACAACAAUUAUGCAUCACGAGAAAAGUGCAAAAAGUGCGGACAACCAAAGGAAGUAGCAGCUUUGUCAGCACUUGCUAUCCCUGGAGCGGCUUCCCAUCUCAGUUACUUCACCACCACCCGUGGACCUGAUCCAGCAAAUCAAGCUUCGGCUGUUAAAGAAUGGAGGAGCGGUGACUGGAUCUGCACUUGUGGGUUUCACAACUAUUCCUCUCGUAUACAGUGCAAAAAGUGCAAUGAAACAGCUCCACUAGCACUUGGAACGAAGAGAUUAGCAUCAGAAGUUUUGGCUCAUGAAUGGGAUAGCAAAAGAUUGAAUCAAGGAUAUACAAGCAUGCGACCACAGUCAUCGUUAUAUGCAUCUUUUCCUGGUAUAAGCUCAGGCAGUAUCUCAAACUGGCAACUUCCUCUCCCGUUUCUACAGCAACAACAGUUAACACCUGCUUUACUUGGAUACGGAGCAAAACAAUGGCGUGAUGGAGACUGGAUGUGCACAAACUGCAAGAAUCACAAUUAUGCAUCCCGAUCAGAGUGCAAUAGGUGCAAGACUAAACGAGAUAUCAUUGAGCAGACCAUAACUCCAGCACAAUCUUAAAGAAUCAAAAAGAGUGUUCUUUUACUGUCAUUACAACCUUGUUUGAUUUGGGGUACACAUUACUCGAAACUGGCAUGAAUAUAAGCCUUCAAAAUGUUUUAUAACCACAGAAAAGCUAAAAGCUUGUUUAGCCC